CGCCUUCGAUAACAUUACUUAGAAGGUAGUGGAGCGGGUGUGAGGCGGUAACGUGAAAACCAUGGCGUUUUCUGGGGUAAAAUAUUCACAGAUUCCGACAGAGGAGGAGCACAAGAUCGACUUCAGUUCUCCCUUCACCUAUGGCUUCAACAAGGGGAACCCAGCCGAGGGAUUCACCUACAACAGAGGCACCAGACGACACGAAGACGAAAGCACAGCGCCACCUAGCUGUUUUGCUCGGUGCAUCCACGUGCUGGUGACCUGUCUGUGUUACCUGCUGCUGGUCCUCACCUGUCCGUUCUCCGCAUGUCUCGCAAUUAAGGUCGUUAAGAAUUAUGAAAGAUUGCUGGUGUUCAGACUGGGACGGCAGCAGCCCCUUAAAGGACCAGGAAUGGUGUUCAUACUACCUUGCAUAGACAGGUGUAGACGGAUUGACAUGAGACAACGGGCAUUCAAUGUCCCGCCUCAAACAGCCUACACAGAAGACGGCGGUGCCAUCUCUGUCGGUGCUGAUGUGUACUACCGUAUUUAUGAUGCUGUCUUGGCGGAGACGAUGGUUAAGGACCUGAUUGGCUCCCUCCGUGUCGUAGCCCUAACAACGGUGCACAAUGUUCUUCUGAAGAAAGGGCUGUAUGAUAUCGAAACAGACAGGAACAGCCUGAACACAGCCUUACAGAGGGAGCUGAAUAAGAGUGCAGAAAUUUGGGGAGUGGAGAUCAGCCGACUAGAACUGUCCCAGAUCACCAUCCUGAGGCCUCCUGCCAAUGGGCCGGUACUGCUCCCUCCUAGCAACAAUGGACCUGCCCAGGGUGGACCGGCCAUGUCCCCACAAGUACAGACUGUGUUCCAGAUGGCCCAGCAUUUCUUACAACAGGCUUCAGGGGGAAGCAAAGGUGGAAAGACUGAACAAGACAGGUCUAUGGUGGCAGUCUCUAUCCCAGAGUCCUCUGGGACAAUGUCUGCAGAUUUUGGUCUCAGUCCCAGGGAACUCCUGUCAGCUGUCAAACUCCUUCUGGAUGAGUCCAUUGUUGAACAGGUGGGGGCAAUCUACCAGUUUGAGCUGGAGGGAGAGGACGGUGGCACAUUUUACCUCGAUCUGAAAAAUGGAGGUGGUGAUGCUGGCGUUGGUCCACCUCCAAAUGAGGAAGCAGACGUUGUCAUGACGAUGUCUGUGACUGACAUGCAGCAGCUCUUCUCAGGUGAGCUCCGCCCCUUCCAGGCCUACAGCAGCGGCAGGCUUCACGUCGAGGGAAGCCUCAGAGUCGCAACACGAUUGGAAGAUGUUGUCAGCAGACUGAAAACAUCAUAGGCAGACCAAUUAAGGCUCAUAGAAUUUUUAUUUCAAUUGUUGGAUAUAUUAAACUGAUGUAUUUUUAUCUUUAUCACUAUCUUUUGUAUUGGUAACCAAAGUUUACUUUUUUCAUUAUGUCAUGUACCAACACAGAUGAAUUUUCAAGGAGGUUUAUAGCUUUGUAGUUGCUAUUUUUAUUUCAUUUAUUUGUGCCAAAUUUCUCUGGUUUGUUUUAGAGUGUGUAUUGUGAACAUUUGUUCAUGCUGCUAACUUGUUAGUUGUUUUGUACAUUGAAUGACAAUCAGAAAACUAAACAUAACAUGCAGGUUAUCAUGAGUGUGAGUCUCAGAUGCAUGUUUGAAUCAUCAAAAUGUGAUUACUGUAAAUGCAGAAAUGUUCUUGUGACCUGCGAUUUGGGCUUCCUUGUUCUGUGGCUCAAGUUGGGUCUGAAUUUGUCAUUUCUACUUAUUGAUCAGACACUGAGUCUGUACAGUGAUCCAGGAUCUACUCUGGCCUUUGGCCAUGUCUCAGCCACCGUGGAUGUACAGUUAGCUGACAAAAAAACUGUUUACAGAAAAUGUCAGCAUUAUGUAAAUUGCUGUUUUGAGGCUAUUGAAAAUUAUGCUAACAAACCUUCUCAAACAAUUGGUAUAUGACCCCUGUCUCAGAGUUUUAAAUAACUUGCCGCAAGUCAACUCUGUGCAUUCACGCAAAUGAAAAAUGUAACUUAGCCCCCCUUGCUGAGGGACUUGAGACGUCUCCUCUUGAGGUGACUUAAGUCGACAAAGGGAAAAAGGUACAUGUACUUGAUUAGCCUAAAGUCCUAUUGACACAGUCCUGAGUCUACUCUGCUGAGUCAACUUGGAGAAAACGUGACACCGUGUAAGUUGGGCCUAAAUCAUUAGGAAUUCUGAAGAAUUUAUGUCAUUGUGUAAACUGAUAAAUCUUUUUGCAAAAUUACACAUAAAACCACCCCAAAAAAAAUCAGGAACUCAAUGGCAUUCUUGUGCAUGCUGCAUUCUGUGGUUGUAAUUUUUUUAUGAUAUUUGAUUAUAGACUUACCUUGAUAAUAAUAACACUUGUAAUAACUGUACAUACAAUUGUGAUGAAUGUUUGUAUCAGUGGAAUAACUGAUGGUAGUAUCCUAAAUAUUCAUAAAUAAACACACUACAUGUACCUGAAUAUCCAUUGUUACAAUUUUCAGGAAAUAAGAACCACAUGUCUAUAUCACAUUGUGCAAUAUUACACUGUGAAAUUGUG